AUGCCCCCGGCCAGCAGCCCUGCCCAGCCCACAUGGAGCCUGGCUUCUGGGUGGCAAGCCCGCUACAGGCGAGAGGGACCUGCUGGCUGGGAGCUGCUCACACAGCAAGGCCUGGACUUCCCCAGAAAAUGCCAGGAUUUCUCUGCCAUUGGCCCAUGGGAAGUUGUCACUGAGACUGAUGGGAAGCAGGUGCUGGCCACUUUUGAUGUUGUUGUGGUUUGCACUGGACAUCAUGUAGAGUCUCCUAUUUCACUGGAGACUUUCCAAGGUAUGAACGAGUUGAAAGACACCUACCUUCACAGCCAGGGAUACAAGAACCCUGAAGGAUUUCUGGGGAAGAAAGUUCUUGUGGUUGGACAGGGGAACUCUGGAGCAGAUAUCGCUGUACAGCUAAGUCAGAGAGCUGAACAGGCAUUUCUCAGCACCACCAGGGGCUCGGGGGUGAUGAGUCGCAUUUCUGAGCAUGGCUGCCCCAUAGAGACGAUGUACAAUACCCACCUGACUGAUGUCACCAUGAAUACUCUCCCUUUCCCCCUGUUCAGCUGGAUGAAUGAGAAGAUGAAUCAAUGGUUUAACCAUGGAAACUAUGGCUUGGUGCCUCAAGACAGCUGGGUGAUGCAAGAGGCAGUGGUCAGCGAUGACUGUCUCAGCCGUAUCCUCUGUGGUGGCGUGGUGGUGAAGCCCAAUGUGAAGGAGUUUACCGGAACCUCUGCCAUCUUAGAAAAUGGGACUGUGGAGGAGAAGGUGGAUAUUGUCAUCUUCACCACAAGACACAACUCCUCUUUGCCCUUGGUGGAGGAGUCAAUAACUCCAGGUCUCACUGUAUAA